UGAUUACCAGAACAUAGCAUAACAUUCUUUGAACAUUUGUAGAACAAAAACUUGUUAGCUGGGCUCUUACAUGCCAAAAGAUCAAGGCAAAUUUGAUUUCUCCUGUCAUGCAUUACCUUUUUAGAAAACUUGACUAACAAGUUUUUAACAAGAAUUUUAGAAUGAUAAACAAGGUGAAAAAUAUUCUGUUCUUGCUGUUUUUACUACAGACAUGGCAUCAAAACCCAUUGAACUGGCAGCCCUAGGAAGACCUCUGUUUCCUGGUAUGCUGUAUGACUGCCGUGAGGAUUCCUUCAUUCCAGGUGUUACUUUGUGGGAUAAGAAAUCACUGAGUGAAGAUUUGGACAGUCGUACACAGCUCAUGACAGAUUUGAAGUUCAGUAGCUCAGACUCGCUGUCUAGUAAGGCCAGUCUCCUGAAUGUAAGCGCUUCACUGAAGGCCAGCUUUUUGGGGGGCCUGGUGGAGGUGGGAGGAUCUGCCAAGUACCUGCAAAACACCAAAUCCUCCAAACGACAGUCCAGAGUAACAAUGUAUUACAGUGAAACCUCAAGAUUUGAUCAACUCACUAUGACUCAGCUGGGCCAGAUCACCUACCCUCAGGUGUUUGACCAGAAAACUGCAACUCAUGUGGUCACGGCUGUGCUAUACGGAGCUCAGGCGAUCAUGGUGUUUGAUCGCUCAUUUGCAGAAGAUGUAAACAAGCAGGAGAUUGAGGGAGAACUGAAUGUCAUGGUCAAGAAGCUCCCUAAACUUUGCAUUGAGGGAGAAGGAGCUGUAAAAAUGACGGAUGAAGAUAAUAAAAAGGCUGAGAGUAUCACCUGCACAUUUCAUGGUGAUGUCCAUCUUGAGCAGAGUCCCACCACGUACAUGGAGGCCCUAGAGGUGUACAAGAAGCUCCCCAGUCAGCUGAAGGCCAAUCCACAGAAUGCAGUGCCAAUAAAAGUCUGGCUCUAUCCUCUUUGUCUACUGGAUACAAAAGCAGCUCAGCUGGAAAGAGAAAUCAGCACACGUUUGAUUUCCAACAUUGGAGAUAUGAUGGAGGGGCUGUGCGAGGUAGAGAGGACAUGCAAUGACCUGUGCAGAAGAACAAAGAUAGGUGUUUUUAGUGAUAUCAAAGCAAGGUUGCGCUCAUUUCAGGAUUUAUUUAGGAUUUACAAGACUGUGUUUCAGAAAGAACUGGCCAGGGUCUUGCCUGCCAUUCGAGGAGGACGUAUGGAGGAACAGUCCUUGGAAGACAUCCUGAAGAUACACAGCACUAGCCCUUUUAAUGCCGACUUACUUAACCAGUGGUUAGAUGAUGCAAAGGCUGAAUUUUACCUAUUGAAUAAUCACAGCAAGACACUAAAUGAGAUCAACAUAGUAGAUUCAGAUGGGCUCAACGCCAUCCUUCUUGAUACUGAUAAUCAUGCAGUAUUGUGCUUGACCUUCACAUCUCUAAAAUAUAAAGACCCAUAUCUUUCAACCCUGACAGAGUUUCUAAAAUCUGACAAGUUUGAAGAGCUAAAUGGAAAACAAACCCUGCUUUCUGUGACAUCAGACAUCAGGAAGUGGUUCAAAGAUCCUGAUGUCAUUGAAAAGAUGAGAGAGAACUUAAGUCACUUCAAGAGAUUUUCAGAGACCAAUAAAAAUGAGAAGAGUAUCCGAUUCAUUAUAUCUACCAUCUCCAAUCCCUCCAUUCCAGGCUCCUCCAUCUAUCUGUAUGAAAAUGGGAAACUGACAGACACAAAGUUCCAGCCUGUGUCCAAGCCGCCCCUACCAGUAGUGAAGCAUGUCCUGGGGCAAAAUGUGUCCCUGAAACUGCAGAAGUCCCCAACUGGAGAAACAGUGAAGUACAGAGUGGAGUACAAGCAGUUGAAAGCAGAUUCUGGAGCUGAGGAACACUGGGUUGUCACUGACACAGCUGAUGAAGACUUCAGCCUUACUGAAUUGGUAUCUGGAAAGCAGUACCUGAUCCGCUACAGGAUACUAGGUAAAGUGGGAGUGAGUGAAGCCAGUGAGACUGUCAGUCCUACGCUCUCUUUAACCACCAGGUGGACCAGGAACGACUUCCUACAAUGUAAGUUAAGAAAACCUUUAAUCCUAUAAAUGAUAUGAACAAUGACACUCAAACACUUAGUUGGCUACCCUUGACUAAUGAUUUUUCUGGUUGACUAGUAGUUGUUCAUUUUAUGCAUUAGUUGACAUUUAGUUGCAUGUUUAUUAAAGGGGUCAUCGGAUGCAAAGUUCACUUUUUCAUGUUGUUUGAACAUUAAUGUGUGUUGGCAGUGUAUGUACAAAUCUACCCUAUAAUGAUAAAAUCCAUGCAAUGGUUUUUAAUGAAUCUGUAAAAAUAAUAUCCCCUUUUUCAAAUCGAGCCAUUCACAGAUGUCUGUCGUUGUGCCGUCACACCCACAGAGGCCGCUCCCACCAUAGUUGAUUGACAUGAGCUCUUACCUCAGACCAGCUGUCACAGUCCAGAAACUUUCCUUGUUUCGAUGCCGAAGCAGGGAUGUAAAUUAGACAAGAAUAUCUCCGAUUGAGCGAUUGAGGUGUUGUGUUGCUGAAUGUGUAAUAAUGAACGUACUGGUCGUCAUUUGCUCCCGACAUCUGAGCCGCUGAAGAUGCAGUGGAUUAAGUUUGUUUGUGAAUGGAAUGCGCCUUUUGCAUUUUGCAGAAAAGGGAGACUGGCAUUUGUCGCAGUUUGGAAAAAAGGGAGAAAACCUGACAGAAUAACACGGCGGAUAUCACAUUUUUUGUAAAAUUAAAAACUGCCUUUUCAAUAACAACCAGAUACAAUACUGAUUUUGGCAGGAACUCAAUUUUGUAAAAAAUGGCGUUUAUCGCGUUUUGGAAAAGAGCUCUUCAUAUAUCCGUCUGUGUUCGCGCAAAUCAUUCGUGAUCCAGCUUCACUUACAGCAGAAGUGUGUAUAAGGGUUUUUUUUAUGAAUCUUUGUGAUCGCCUUUCCUUAUAACGUGGUAGUUAGUUAGCGGCUAAAAUAUACAAGAUAGUCAUUCCACAGAGAGAAGAGAGGGGCGGGGUGAGCAGAGCUCAUUUGCAUUUAAUGGAGAAUGAGAUGAUUUUUGCAGAGCUCAUUUUGACAAGGCAAAAAGGGUGUUGUUUCACAAAACCAUUGAGAAUUUAUAGAAGUAUAUUAGAGACUUUUCAUUAAGACCCUACAGAAUCAUAUCAACUUGUGGAAAAUGGGCACCCGAUGACCCCUUUAAAAAACUAUACAAAUCAUAAUAAUGAGCCUUAUUGAGCCUAAGCACGCAAAAACAGCUUGCCACAGUGCAACGGCAAGUAUAAUAAAAAUGAAUGUGUCAGGGAAAACAGCAAGGAAACUGCAUUAAUUAACGUUUUCAUAAUUUAUUGAUAAACUAGUGCUUUCUUUGUUUUCGGUUUUCGGUAAGUGAUGUGCCUGUAUGCAUGUUUCAUACAGAUUACACAAUCUGAGAAUAUUUGUUUUCUAUUUGAAUUGGUUCAUUUGAAAGUUCACAUUUCACUCUCUACUGAUAUAUCUGUCAUGGCAAGUUUACACAGAAUUUUGAAGUUUUGCACUCUAGUUCACAGAGACCGUGACGGCAGAAAGCGUGUCCUGUUUGUUUUCAUUCAUUUACAAAAGCACAAUAUUUUGUUGUUAAUGUGAGUGCACACAAAUAAACAUAGUCUUUACAGAUUCAAAAGAUGUAUUACUCUUAUCCGUUUGACCAAAAAUUAUGGAGUAUUUUAAAAGCAAGUGAGUGCACCGGCGCCUCCAUCUGUCACGCAGUGAGCGUGUUACUAUUCAGCUUCCACACUCCACGCACACACUUGAAUAGUGCACAUUUCUCUAGGUUAACAUUAGAUUGACCACGUAAAGUUGCUACUACGUACAUCUUCCAGAUUAUAAACCAUAUUUGAGGUCGAUGAAUGAUAGGUGAGCGUUUGGAUGGUACUAUAUUACCAUAUAGACCAGCCGUUAAUGAUCUGUCUGUCAUGUGACCACCAUUUCUUGUGGAUUUUUUUUUUCUGUGACUAAUAAAAUUUUGGUCAAUCAAGCCAAUGGUUAAUUGACUAUUAGGGGGCAGAGAUGGAAACAUUUCAGUUGUAUUGCUGUCUAUGGACGGUCAGAAAGCUCUCACUUGUCAUUAAAAAUAUCUUAAUUUGUAGUAAUUCAAAGUAAUUCAUGACAGAAUUUUAAUUUUUGUGUGAACUAUCCCUUUAAGAGGUAUUUUCCCCUGUUCCUCUGUCUGUGAAUGUCACCGAUUCAUCAGAUGAUCCUCCACAGCCACACACUAUCCCAUGAUUCACUGCACACCAAUGACCACAGCAAUUCACUGAGACAAAAUGACAGAUUACACUUCAAACUACAAGUACUAGGUAUCAACCACUCUCAACUCAGAUAUCUGAUGUUGCUAAAAAAAAUGUUGCUAAAAACAAAAACAGAAACACUUUAAAGUGGUUUAAAUGUUGACAUAUCAACAUUUAUGUGAUUUUACAUAUUCACAUAUUUUUGAUUUUUAUUCACAUAUUAUGAUUUUACAUAUUUUACAUAUUCAGUGAUUUUACAUAUUCACACUGUUGAAUAUCAGAUUUGAUUAGUCCAGCACGGCAACAGCUGCUGUCGCUGUUGCUAGGAGACCAGAUCAAUCCUCCCCUGAGAUUUAUCAACAUUUUAACACUCUGAUAUUGAAAAAAUAAGUUUGCUUUAGUAGCAGAGUCUCAUUUAAGUAAAUUGCUGGUUAGGUUUGAAACCCACCACAGGGUGUCUGGUAAGAGACUUGGUCAACGGUGGUUGAAAUAUGGGAGUAACACUUUUAUUUGUCACCACAACAAGGGUGAUCAAGUGAUCAACAAGGGUUCGUAUGUGGUUUUUCUAUAAAACAGAAAAUUAAAAGUAAAUACAAAUAUACAUGAUAAAUAUUUAGCAAAUACACAAUUGACCAUGUAAAUAAAUAGAAGAAAACAAACUCACUAUGCUAUGUAAACUGAAUUAAAUAGUAAACAGCUCCAUCUGUGGCAUAUCGCAUCAGCGGUGCUCUGUCUGGACAUGUUCUGCAGCGUAUGCACAUUAAACUGUUUACAACUUUAGAAUACUGCAGAGACAAGCAGUAAAUUGCAUUGAUAUACAAACAAAACAAAAUUACAUAGAUAGCAUGAAUAUAAGCAACUAUGAGUAAAGGUGAUAUAUAUACACAGUGCAACACCGUGCUAAAGACAUGACAGUAUCUUAACAUUAGCCAUAACGAAUAAAAAGGACAUCAGACAGCAAAAUAUAACAGACAGCUACACUGUAAAAAAUAAAAAGUUGAGUUAACUUAAAAAAUUAAGUUAAUCUGCUGCACAGCAAUUUUGAGUUUACUCAACUUUAAAGGAGGGAAGUUGUGCCAACUCAUAUAUAAAAGUUCAGUGAACUUCAGUGAAGUUGAGUGAACUACCAGUCAGAGUUGGCACAACUUAGUUCUUGAAGUUCAGUAAACUCAAAAAUGCUUUGCAGCAGAUUAACUUAAAUUGUUAAGUUGACUCAACUUAAAAUAUUAAGGUAACCAGCUGCAAAGCUUUUUUGAGUUUACUGAACUUCAAGAACUAAGUUGUGCCAGUAAUUUUUUGCUUGAAGUUCAGUAACCUCAAAAAAGCUUUGCAGCCGGUUGCUUUAGUAUUUUAAGCCAACUCAACUGCAUUUUUUACUAUUUAAAUGUAUAACUUUAAAUCUUACAUCCAGACUCUAAGCCACAUUGUAUGCUCCUCCACAUCCUUUAAGAAUACAAAUGCAUGCAGUAUGAACAAUACUGUAAAUAUAACACAAACAAG